AUGCACUGCAUUAAUGUCAGUCAGGGGUCUCUGUCAUCAGAAAGGCUCCAAUACUCAGCAGCUCCAGUCCAGAGAGUAGGAACUCCAUCAGCUGGUGAAGACAAUCAAGUCUGUACUACAAUAAUAUUAGGAUCACCUGCUAAUCAAGUCGCUCUCCAAGAACUAAUGAGGCGAUACAAUCUGACUGACGAGCAACUCAACCGUGAAAUAGUGGACUCCGAUACUCCCGUAAUGGCCUUAAAUUUUGAUGACGUGGAAAUGUAUUCAACUGCAAUGGGGCUAGCUAUUGCUAAACAAGCUGAUGUGAAGAAGGUGUACCAUUGCGAAGGAACUCAAGCAGCCAUGAUGAAGUGCCUGCAAGUUUGGAAAGAACGUGAUUCUUUUCAAGCAACUUACAGAGCUCUACUGGAUAUUGCACUGAGUUUGGGGAAAGGAGACACAGCUGAUAAAAUCUGUCAUCAAUUGACCCAACAUCGUACACUGGACAUGAAGUGACUACACAUGCAGUGUGUCGGAUUGUACAAAAUACUGUAGAAAUUGCAUGUUACAUAGAUUCACCCCUACUGGAUGAUAGAUUUGAUCAUACGAAGAAGACUGACUGAACAAUAAAAUUAUAUAUAGCCAUUUUCAUAGAUACAAUUACAUUCAAAUGUUCUCAUGCAAAUGUACAGUGGAAUUGUUAGAUCACAAUAACAACUAUUCAGUAAUAACAACUUUUCUGUUACAUAAUUGUACAUGAAUAGAUUGUAUUAUAAAAAUAAUUAUAACAUGUACGCCAGAAUAACAACUGAAACCAAAAAACAAUUAUAAUAUAAUUAUGAAAGUAUAUACAAUAAUAAAACUAGACAACGUUCAGACAUUGCAUGACAGUAUCUAAACUGAGAGCAGGCUACAGCCCACAGAGGACAGCCGAUACCACCUGCAGAGAAAGAGAAACACUCAAU